CGAAAAUACUAUUCUCAAGCUUGGAGAAGGAUCAGUUUCAUUUCAAAAGAGGCUGAAAAUAUGGUGGUUAGGGGCUCUCCGUCAGUGGUCUGGAAGCAUACUACAGAUGGAAAGUUUACAACUCAAUCAGCCUACAAAGCUUUAUGGAAUCAAGGGGGCAGGACUUUAUCAACAAAUAGUAUAUGGAACCCUAAACAGGUAUCAAAGGUUGAAACAGAUGCGGUGCGAAGCUUGACCUUGCUUCAACAGGAAUCAGGCAACCUCGCUGGUCUAAGCAAUUUCAGACAUCAAGCUUUGGGCCGGAGCUUCAUUUUUGAACAUGUUUAUAGAGAGGCUAAUGAGCCUGCUCAUCAGUUAGCAGCCCAUCCUAUUGGUCAGGCCAUUUGUGUUCGCUUUAAUCAGG